AUAUUGCGGAAUUACAUCAAGAUAUUUUAAUUACUGCAAUAAUAUUAUGGUACUUCCGUUUGGUUGCCGUCGAUUAUCGCGAGCAUUGGUCCGCCGAAUACGAAAAAUCCUAUGCAUGGUUAAGCUCACAGGUGGCAAAUAAAGACAUUGAGUUGAAACUUAUGGAAUCUGCAAGAUCAUUUGUUGAGCAAAAUUACAAUGUCGAAGAAGAAGCUAAAGAGUUAGACUACGAUUAUCAAGAGGGUAUAGUUAAACCAAAAGAAAGGGAAGAAGAAAUCUUUGCAGAAAAAAUAGUCGAACAAAAAGAAGAGGAUGGAACCGUUACAAAAGAUACGAAGUCGUGGACUAAGAAAGCACUUUCUACUAUUUUUGGAAAACCACAUACAUCUAACAGGAGCCUUGAAACGCAUAUUGAAAAUGCAAUCUUUUCUGAUGUUGGUGACCACGAUCAUCAUGAAAAAGAGGUCGCCUUAACUACUGCUCGAUCAAAUGUUACUGUCGAAAAAAUCAAAUUCAUUAUAACAAAACAAAAAAACAAUGGAUGCUUUGACCUAAGCGAAACUCUUAUCAAAGAGUUAGAUGUUCCUGCAAAAGAGGUCGUGGCAGAUGUUCAAACAUACACCACAAAUGAAAAAUUAAAGAAACCCGAAUCAACAUAUUGGUGGACAACAGCGUUAACUCUUAGUUAUCUCAAGAAUGCCGCAUCUCAACAUGAAGGAGAAUGGAGGGAUAAGUAUAAUAAAGCACGAGAAUACCUUACGGUACAGAUUGGCGAUGCGGAAGCCGAAAAAGAGUUAAUCGAGAUUUCAGAAAAAUAUGUAAUUAAGAAAGUCAUUAGAAAGGUUACCGUAGAGAAAAAGAGAACAGCCAUAGUUACAAUUCGGGAAUCAACCACUCCAGAAGUUAUUAAAUCCGUUGUUUCUAAACAAGGGGACGAUGGUGCAUUCGAAAUUAACGAAAUAGUUACAAAAGAACUUGAUGUUUCCUCAUCUGAAGAUCUUAUAUCUUUGGCUCAAAGCACAACAUCUAGCGAUGCUAUUAAAUCAUCUGAUUCAUCUGUAUGGAAGACUGCUCUUAUGAUUGGAUAUCUUCAGACAGUUGCUCCUCAUCAUGAACACAUCUGGAAAGAAAAAUAUAACAGAGCCCGAGAGUAUCUUCACAGCAAACUUAAUAAUCCAGAAUUAGAAGAAGAGAUUAUCAGUGUCUCUACUAAGGUUGUUGUUAAAAAGACGACCGAAAAGGUGGUAAAAGAACAAAGAAAGACUGCAGUAGAGGUCAUUCAAUCGGCUACAACACCGGAGGCCCUUCAUUCUGUCACGUCCGAACAGAAAGAAGAUGGUUGUAUCCAUCUAAGUGAGACCACACAAAAAGCAUUAAAUCUUCCAUCAACCGAAACUCUAGUAACAACCGUGCAAAAAUAUACUACCAAUGAAAAACUGAAGAAACCCGAAUCAACAUCUUGGUGGACAACUGCCGUAAAUCUUAGUUAUCUAAAAAAUGCAGCUUCUCAACAUGAAGGAGAAUGGAAGGAAAAAUAUAAUAAAGCUCGAGAAUAUCUCUCUUCUCAAAUUGGAGAUGCCGAUACAGAAAAGGAAUUAUUAGAAAUCACCGAUAAGUAUGUAGUUGAUAAGAUAACACAUAAAGUCAUCGAAGAUCACAAUCAAGAAAUAAUUGCUAUUGAAAAGGAAAAGAAGGAAAAGAGAGAUAGCAUUCUUGGAAAUAUUACUGGUGGUUUAACGACCAUAUAUAAAACUACCACAGAUACCGUUAAAGAUCUUGGAAAACACGUAGAACAAGCUCUUACUUUCGAUACAGACGAUCAUGAUCAUCAAGAGAAAGCUGCCGCCUUAAUAGUUGUUCAAUCUAAUACCACGCCCGAAAAAACCAAAUCGAUUGUUACAAAACAAAAAAAUAAUGGAUGCUUUGAAUUAAGCGAAACAGUAGUUAAAGAAUUAGAUGUUCCUGCAAAAGAAGUUGUAACUACUGUUCAGACGUACACCACAAAUGAAAAAUUAAAGAAACCCGAAUCAACAUCUUG